AUGGCUAUUAUGUACAUAAUUUUCUUCCUAUCGAUGACAAAUUAUCCGCGAUUACAAGCAUUGCGAGCUUACGAUUAUCCUUGGACUUAUGACAAUGACCUUCUCGGAGGACCUGACUUUUGGGGUUUACUAAGCAAAAAAUGGGAAAUGUGUGCAAAAGGCAAGAUGCAGUCACCAAUCGAUAUAGUACCAUCAUCCAUAUUAUACGAUCCUAGGGUAAGUUAUUCUUCAAAUUUUUACAAAAGUAUUCCUUUAUCUUCGAAAUCAUUUUUUAAAUUUGCUGAAUUUUCUUUCUUCACUUUGUUAAUUCACAUGAAAUACAAAAUUAUUCAUUCUCAGACAACUGCUGAAAUGAUAAAUAUUGGCCAAAUGCCUCGAUUACGCUUACUUUAUGAUGGCAAUUCUCGAAUACUAAAUAUUAGUGGCGGACCAGUGAAACCUUAUAAGUAUCGCUUGCAAAGGAUUGACUUUCAUUACUCAAACGAUGAAGCAACUGGCUCAGAGCAUGCCAUCAAUUCCAAAAACUUUCCUAUGGAGAUUCAACUAAUCACGUACAAUAGCGAUUUAUACGCAAAUUUUACAGCGUCACUUACAUUACCGCGGGGAAUAGCAGCUAUUUCGAUUAUUGUUUUGCUCGGCGAAGAAACCAGUGAAGAACUACUAAAAAUAACCAAUUUUAUUGAAAAAGUGCCUUUCAAAAAAAAACGAGUUACAAUGAAUGACUUGAAAGUUUGGAAAUUAUUCCCUAAUUUGACAGAUUACAUCACAUACGAAGGGUCAAUGACGUCACCUGGAUGCUACGAGACAGUCACGUGGAUCAUACUCAAUCAUCCAAUAUAUAUAACUCGAAAGGACUUAAAUAGAUGGCGGAAAUUACAACGAACUGUUGCAGAAGAAAAAGAACCUCAAUAUGUGGCUCCAAAUUUCAGGCCAUUACAGUACUCUCAUGGAAGAUUAAUUCGUACUAAUAUUGUCAGCAAAGUAAGUUAUGUAUUUGAACCACUUUUUAUUCAAGUUAAUUACUAA